AUGAAUUCCGAUAUGCAAGCUACUCUGUAUGGAGAUAUCGAUACGGAGUCCGGUUAUAUUAGCCCUAAUCCACUUGGUACACUGCGCAACCCCUCAAUUUCGAAUGCUAGCGGCUUCGAGUGGGACGGUACUCCCACAGGUCAAACCGGCAAACUCGCCAACACCGAUAUCUACAUCGCCGGCGACAGCACCGCAUCUGACAUCGCCAUCUUAUUCAUCGCAGACAUGUUUGGUUGGACCUUCAAAAACAACCGUUUACUCGCCGAUCAAAUCGCUCGCGAGGUGGGCGCAACCGUCUACCUCCCCGAUUUCUUCGCUGGCGAAGUCAUCGACUCCGAACUAAUAGCCAACGAGCAAUGGGACAAGGUCGACCUAGCCGGAUUCAUGUCUCGACAUGGUCGACAAGUGCGUGAAUCGGAAAUUUUCGAAUGUGCCAAAGCCCUCCGUCAGCAAUAUAAGAAACUUGGUGCUGUAGGUCAUUGUUACGGCGGCUGGGCUUCUUUCCGUCUAGGGGCGAAAUCGACGAAGUUGGUAGAUGUUAUCAGUGUUGGACACCCAUCGUUAUUGACUAAGGAGGAUAUUGAUGGAAUUGCUGUUCCGGUUCAGGUUUUGGCGCCAGAGAUUGAUCCUGUGUAUUCCCCAGAAUUGAAGUUGUAUACUUUCCAGACUGUGCCUACGCUGGGUGUGCCGUUUGAUUAUCAGCAUUUCCCUGGCGUUGUGCAUGGUUGCCUUGUACGUGGUGAUGAGACGAAGUCUGGUGAACGAUUGGCGAUGAUUAGAGGGAAGAAUGCGCUUGUGGCAUGGAUGAGUCAGUUCUUGAAGGAGUAA